AGCUUUUGGAGUUUCUUCCACGCAUCAGAGAAGGGCAUUUUAGCUCUGGAAAUCUUGACACGGCAUCUUCACAUCGACCCAGGAAACGCGCGCUCGACCCCAAGAUCCACCCGCGACCACGCUCCGAACCAUCACGAAUUACCAGCAGGCCUUCACGAUAGCCCACACUCAACCAUGACAGGCAAGGGCAAGUCCCGCUGGGCAGACAGCGCAGAAGACGCCGCGCUCGAAGCGCAAUUGAAGAAGGAAAAGGAGGAGAAGAAGCGCCUAAAGGCCGAAAAGGCGCGCAAAGCGGAAGCUGAAAAGAAGAAGCGCGAAGCAGAAGCUGCGGCGGCGCAACGACAACACCAACAACAACAAACCGGCGACGAUGACCAUGUCAACGGGCCCCCAGCGAAGCGACGAAGACUCUCGCCCGACCGCGACGCAGCACCACCACAAGCAGCACCAACAACAGCGAGCAGCAAUGACAGCAGCAAACUACUACGCUUCGAAGGCGGCCGAUUCGGCAAGUGUCGCAGCGUCGAGAACUACGACAAGCUUAACGACAUCGAGGAGGGCGCAUACGGCUGGGUGGCGCGGGCGCGCGAGAUCGAGACCGGCAAGGUUGUUGCGCUGAAGAGACUUAAGAUUGAUCCCAAGGAUCGCAGCGGUCUGCCGGUCACUGGCUUGCGGGAGAUUCAAAUCUUGAAGGACUGCAGUCACAGGAACAUUGUCCAGCUGAAGGAGGUGGUGGUAAGCGACGAUACGAGUAAGAUUGAGAACAUCUUCAUAGUCCUCGAAUUCCUCGAACACGACCUCAAGUCCAUCCUCGAAGACAUGCCCGAGCCCUUCCUCGCCUCCGAAGUGAAAACCCUCCUCCUCCAACUCUGCUCCGGCAUCGCCUACCUGCACUCGCACUACAUCCUGCACCGGGACCUCAAGACCUCCAAUUUACUGCUUAACAACCGGGGCCAGCUCAAGAUCGCCGACUUCGGCAUGGCCCGCUACGUGCCCGACCCCCCGCCACCCAAACUGACCCAGCUGGUCGUCACCCUCUGGUACCGCGCGCCCGAGCUCCUCCUCGGCGCGGCCCGCUACGGGCCCGAAAUCGACAUGUGGUCUGUGGGGUGCAUCUUUGGCGAGCUCCUCACCCGCGAACCCCUUUUACAAGGAAAAAACGAAGUCGACGAGCUUACGAAAAUCUUUGAGCUCUGCGGCUUACCGACCGACGAGUCCUGGCCUGGUUUCCGCCGGUUACCCAACGCCCGCUCUUUACGCCUCCCUUCCUCCUCCACCAAACCUGCCCCCCAAACAACCACCACCACCCUAAUCCGCGCCAAAUUCCCCCUCCUAACCACCGCCGGCGUUUCUUUGCUUUCCUCCCUCUUAUCUCUAAACCCCAGCAAGCGACCGACAGCGUCAGACAUGUUGGAGCACGAAUACUUCCGGCAGGACCCAAAACCAAAACAGGAGGCCAUGUUCCCUACUUUUCCCAGUAAAGCGGGACAGGAGAAACGCCGAAGGAGGGAGACGCCGAAUGCGCCCCAACGGGGCCAGAAGGCGGAUGGCAGCAUGGGGCAGGUGGAUUUUAGUUCGCUUGUUGGGGGGAUUUUUGGAGCGGGGAGGGAGAGGGAGGAGAGGGGUGGGGGGUUUAGUUUGAGGAUGGUUUAGUGUUGUUGCGAACCAAGGUGGAAUGAAUGAAUGGGCUUUGUUGGUGGUGGGUGCUGGGGUAUGGGACAUGAGGGUGUGUUUUAUGAGGCCAUUGAGCGGGCUG